AUGGCAGCAAAAGGACACAAAAACCUUGUCUGGGGGUGUUGCUCGAUUGGUCUGCAGGACCAGAACUAUAUGCAAUGUACAGAAUGCACCAAACUUUAUCAUUUUGAAUGUCUGUCAAUACCAAGCAAUGAAGACGAUCCUACCACGUCUACGUGGCUGUGCCCUCAAUGUCAUGGAACGCAAAAAUUGGGUAAUAAUGAUAACACCCCGGUUCGCUACAACCCAAAUAUAACUGUGAGAAAGAGACAAGCAUUGAACUCCCCACCAAAGGCUUCAGAUGAAAGGCCAAUAACAAGGGAUGAGAUGCAAGAAAUUAUCAAGGACAUAGUGACUCAAUUCCAAAAGACAAUGCGCAUCACCAUAUCGGACAUCCUAGGCACUGAACAAAAAUCUUUGAAGGAGGAAAUAGUGGAUAUGAAGGAGUCUAUGAAUUUCAUGAAUACAAAAUAUGAAUCUAUCACAAAGGAGCAGGCCAAUGAAAAAAUAAAACGCCUAGAGACGGAGAAUGCACUGCAGUCAAAGGCAAAGAAGUACGGGAAAAGUAAUUAUCCUUGUACAAUGACUGAUGGUAUUAAGAAGUCAUCUAGUCCUAGGGAAAUCUGCGACUUAUUUGCGUACUACUUUGGAGCUGUGUAUAAUUCUCAAGAUAACGUAAACUCAGACUUGAAUGUCAGCUAA